AUGCUGCCUCAAGGCAUUGCGUCCGUGCCUCUGGAUGUGCUCCAUCCACGCACACUUACGCCACAUGCACGCAGCUCCUACACGGUCCCGAGUUCACGGCGCGCAGCAUGGCGGGAUGUGUCGUCGACGUCUCCCUCACUCGGCGGCGACGCUGCCGCGCCUCAUACUGUCGCAUCGCAUGCCUCCCAUGCAGCCACUUGCCAUGUCAGCGUGCUUGGCGCGCACGUCAUGGCACUCGCCCGCGUGUUGGUGUCGACGCGCGAGCUCGAAGUGCAGAUUGUCGGCCCGCAGCUUCAUGCGCCACCCAUGUCCUUCAUAUUUCCAGCCCCGAUCCUCGCGCAUGUGGGCAUUGUCGAAGACGCUGCGUCCAGUGACAUCCAUGUGCUGGCCAUCACACAAACCGGCUUCCUGUAUCGGCUGCGCCUACCACUCGCGAGUUUCUUACGUGGGCAACCACUACCACACGCUUGGGCGCAUGAGCACCAGAUCUUGCACUUGAGCAGCCACGCGUCCGCAUCGUCGACAUCGUCGGCGUCCGCAUCCACGUCGCAGCCAUCGCGCUCGCCAUCGACAUCCACGUCGCUCGCCGACACAGCCGUAGCGACGAGCGUGCAUGUGAUUGAUAUUGCCCUAAUUCUCGUGUCGUGCGCGGAUGGCGCGCUCCUGCGCAUCAACAGCGAACUCGACGAUCGCGGCGCAUUCACAGGCGCCUGGCUCGAAAGUGUGCUUCGGCCGUCCACGUUCCUGUUCUCGCGUCUGUUUUCUCGCUCUCAUAGCGAGCAUGUCGCUCCCACACAAACGCUCGCGUUGGCCACACACAUUCGUGAUACGGACACGCCGCUCGCAUUCAGUGUGUGUCGUGAUCGCAAGCUGCGUGUGUGGAAUAUUGCUACCGACACCCUUGUCCGCACGCUCGAUCUGCCAGGCUCGUCCGACACGGUGUGGGAAGAGCGCACGACCCAGCCUCUUGUCCAGCUGUUCUAUCCUGCUGACCGCUCCUUCUCGUUCUAUGUGCUGGUGUAUGUGCCAAUGCAGGCCGCCGCGUGCCUUGCAGCGUAUGGUGUCGAGCUCGAGGAGAGCAGCAGCUGGUCUGGCGGCGUCGGCGACAUGGCCCUCGUGUGGUCACGAGCUUGUGAUGCCCGCACGAAUGCGCCCGAUAUCGAACUGCGCGACAUGGCCGUCGUGUAUACGGGGCAGGUGUGGCGCGUUUGGCUCCUGUGGCAUGCUGCGGGUGCGCCUUUGCUGCAAACGACGCUCGUCGAUGGCCUUCGUGCGCCUGCUGUGAACCAGGCGCCGCUGGUCCUGGGCGACACCGAUGACCCUUGGGCGACCGUCCAUCCCCUCUCUCCGUACACACCGCUGCAUGGACCAGACAUGGAUGCGGCCCUCGAGUCACAGGCCAGCGCGGUCGCGACCGUUUUCGUAUCUCGCCUGUGCGAGCCCGCGCGCUUCAGUGCGACGACGCUUGCAGCUGCGCUCGAGGCUGAGGGCGUGCACGUGAUGGGUGAGCCUCUUCCUCGCAUCGUCGCAGCGAUCGCAGCAACAGUCGGCGCCGGCUCCCUCGAGGCGUGGCUCCGCUUCACACGCCGGGUCGAGCUGAUUGAUCGCGCUGCUCGCUGGCCACUCCGGCUCUGCAUGCUCGACGACGUGCCGUGCAUCAUCGCUCGGCACGCACUCGGCAUCGCGUGUGCGCGCGAUGCUGGCGCUUGGCUCGCGAGUCUGGCAGCGCGCCUCGCAGCAGCAGCGCCGCAUCCGGAUCGUCCAAGCGCACGCCUCGCUGGCGAGGCGGCGAGCGCUGAGUACGCGUACGUGGUCAACUCGUUGGCUCAGCUGCCGCAUAGCGACGGCACACAUGACCUCAAAGACUAUGCCCGCAUCCAUGAUGGCAGCACACAUCUGCUGCGCGUCGCGACGCUCGCUGCAGAAUUGUACGACUCGCUGGGACCACGGGCCCCACGAUUGGUCGAUGCUUACAUCGCAGAGGCGCAGCGCACAACAAGUCCGAUGCGGGUGCGAAUUCCGACCUCUCUCCACGGCCGUCUGUCGGCGCUGAUCGAGCAGAUGGGUGGCGACGGCCUAGUUCGUGAGGCCGAGCGCCUCGUCACGCUGUACCAGCACGAUUCCUGGCCGUCGUUCGCGUGGCUCGAUGCACUCACUGCGUACGCGCACAUGGCAGGCGUUCAUGCGCGCUUGCAUGGCACACGUGCAUUGUUGGUCUUGCUCUCCCUCGUGACACACACGCAUGUGCCGCAGAUCCAGCGAAUUCGCUCGAUCGCCACCGAUGUUUGGCAUACGGCCCGUGCCAUGUACGUGCUUGCCAGCUCAAUAGAUGACGAGCCGACUGUGGGCCUUGUGCACCGUGCUCUGCAGCGCGGCGUGCCGCAGGGCGCCUCCGUCGAUGCCUUCUGCAAUGCCGUACUGACGGAUGCGCCUGACGUCGUGCGCACUUGUCUGUUGACGGCAGCAAGCAGCUGUUCCUCCUCCACCGGUAGCAACGACUCGGUCUUGGUGCAUGACACGGCCUGCACGCCCUCGACGACGUAUCUCAUUGCCAAGGCAGACGCUUGCCGCGGACGUGUGCAUGAAGCGUACCAGGGCUUUGUGUGUGUCAACGCCGCGCUGACAGCCGCCGCCAAGACACAUCCCGUUUGGGAACGCGUGCUGCCAGCGGACGUGCUCGAAGCAAGCGAUCAUCCUACAACGCAGUUCCGGUUCUGGUGCCAUGCAGCCACCCUGGUGGAAGGCGAUGUCCGUACGUCCUAUGAGUGCUAUCGCCACGCCAUGCAUGCGCUUGAGGCUGGUGCCAAGGAUGUGCUCGAAUCAGACGCCCGCAAAGUGUGGACACUCGUAUUCCGCUCUCAGCUUGCCUUGCACAUGUAUGAAGCCGCCGGUGCUACGAUCCUGAGCCUGCCCUUUGAUGAUCUGCGCACAACCUGCAUCACGUCCCUCGUCACCACGCUGUGCGAAGCGCAGGAAACUCGCACGCUCCUGCGACUCGAUCUGCUUGAAUGGCAGCCACACAUCGAGCGCACACUCAGCUUCCAAGCCAGGCACGCCUCGCCCCUCGCACACCCGUCGUACUUCCACAUCCUGUAUGCAUACCAUGUAUCCCGCGGCGACUACAAAAGCGCUGCCGCCUCCAUGUACCAACACGCCCACCGACUAGGUGUCCUCACACGUGAUGCGCCGUCGCUAGAGUCCAUGCAGGCCUAUGCUGUCCAGCAGGCGCAGAGCUUCCUGGUCUGCAUCAAUGCGCUUGUCCUGCUCCCUGCUACUCUUGCAUGGUUCGCGCAUGACAACACCGACUCGCUGGCCGCCACCGGUUGCCCGACGGAUCGGCAUGCGCUUCGUGGUCGAGUCACACACUAUGUGCCGCAGCCUGCAGGGCCAGCAUCACUUGCCAUUGUGCAACUGGCCGACGUGCGCCGCGAGUACCAUGAGCUCCUCACCCGUUUGCAGCUUAUGCAGACGUAUCCGGAACUCGCUCAUGGCGCGACGCCUUGGCGUGCAGACGAUGCACUCCCCCUGUUUGUGGCCAACGACGACUACGACGCCGCUUGGUCUACGGCAGAACAGCUCCAACUGCCCAUGGACAGCUUCUUCGAUGCACUUACACUCAAGUGCGUCCUGCUAGAGCGUGCUUUCCACAAGCGUGCCGCGCAUUACGAACACGAGGACGAAGCACUCAAGUCACUGUACAUGGGCGACGAGGAAGAGGCUGACCCAAACGCAGCCUUUCUCCGUCGAUCAGCUCGCACCGCAAGCUGGCCUGGUCAUGCGCAUGAGCGCGCAUGGAAGUAUUUGCGCGUGCAUCUAGAAGCGACAGAGCAUGGCGUCCAAUACAGGCGGAUCAUUGCCGAGCGUCUCAUCGCUCUCCGAGCGUGGGAUCUCUCGCCUGAAUGGCUCAUUGACUGGUUCCGUCAGCAUGCUCCCGACGUACUCAUACGUGUAUGGAUGCAGUACGGUAUGCUUGAGCAUGCUCUUGCCUACUGCAUUCAGCUUGUCGAUGCCUCCUUGAGUGAAUUGCGCACGAGCAAUGCACAGCCAAAGGCCUGCCUCCCCUACACGCUCAUGGACAGUCUCUUGGUCGCUGCCGAUAAGAGAGGGCUUCAUGAACCAUCCACCACGCUGAGAAAAAGCUUGGACGCGCGCAUGAAUGCAUUAAAAAAGAAACAUCCCAUUCCCCAUGCACCGUCGUCCACCGCCAUUGCCACAUCCAUGUAG